AUGAGAGUAGUAACAGGAACAGACACUGGCCUUAUGAAGGUUGUUGAUGUGGUGAAAGGAGAAGUUUUAAUAACCAUUGGAGAACAAAAGAAAGGAAAAGGAUUGAAAAAGAUACAAUGGGCUUCAGAAACCAAUGAUACUGAAGUUGUUUCACUCUACGAUGAUAGUCAAAUUGAUUUUUAUUGGAUUAGUACUGGACAACGUAGAUUCUCCAUGGUUUCAUCACUCAAUAACAUUCAAGGCAUGUAUUGUGAAACUACAUCGGAAGAUACAAGAAAUGUUUAUGUGUGUAAUAAUCAAGGAAUGCUUCAUAUUUAUAAUUUCCCAAUUUCGAAAUAUAAUCUAGUUCAACCAUCUGAUGAUUUCUUGGCCAAUCUCGAAAAGAAUGAAGAUGAUGGUUUAGUGAAUCAACAAUUAGGUAGUGAUGAAGAUGAUGACGGAGAUGAUGAAAAACCAAAGAAGAGACUCAAUCCAACACUCGGAUACAAAGUUACAGAAGAUGCCCAAACACACAAAAUUACCAUCGAACCAAAAGUCACAGAAUUGAAAUUAACAGGAGGAGAUGUCAGUACAAUGGUAGCUCAACGAUUGGAUUCCAAGAGACUGGAAAUUGCAAUUGCAGGAAAGGAUAAUUUAAUGAAGAUUUGGGAUGUUGAAACACAAAAGUGUGUCUUUAAAGCAAAGAAUGUUCCUCACGAUCACUUGAAUCUUAAACAACCAAUAUGGGAUAAUGGUAUUUGUUAUUUGGGUAGUUCUCAUCCAGAUAGUGAAAGAAUGGAAGCUAUGGGAGAUGCCUUUGGUAACUUGAUUUGCAAUAGAACAGCCUACCAUCAAGUUAGAUAUUUCGAUAGAAGAGCUCAAGAACGACCAGUCCAUCAAUAUUACUUUGAAGAACACAAUUUCACAGCCAUGUGUCCAUCCACUGUUAAUGUUCAUGAAGUGGUUGUAGGUACUGCCAUUGGUAAAAUGUUCAAGUACAACUUCCAAGAGAAGAAGAAUAAGAAGAUUAAUGUCUAUAGAAGAAUUGCCGGAAGUGUCAGAGACAUUAAAUUCCAUCCAAACAAGAAGGUUGUUUGUUGUGUUUCUGCCGAUAGAUAUUUGAGAGUGUACGAUCAAGAGUCGAGACAAAUGUUGCACUCCUCCUACUUACUCCAAAGAUUGAAUUGUCUCUUACUGACCAAGGACAGGUAUGUUAACAAGGAUGACGAAGAUGAGGAGAAUAGUGAAGACGAUGACGGAAUGUUUGGUAUGAAUAUGAAACAAGUUUCCUACGAGGAAGAUAUUAUUGAUGAAGAUGAGGACGAAUCACCAGUUAGAGAACAACCAAAGAAGAGAAAGCUCGCAUCUUCCUCUCCAUCAGGAUCGAAAAAGACAUCCUCCUCCGUAGUCAAUAAGCUUGAUGAUAUCAAGAAUAGAAUUAAAAAGUCCAAGUUGAAAUAA